AUGCUUUCCAACAUUGCAUAUUUGUGCCUUUCCUUCCUUGCCGUCGGUGUGCGCGGUCUCGCAAACUGUCCACCUCCAUCAGAGCCGCAUCUACCAGUCCCCUCACUUUCUGCGACAGAGCUGUCUGUAUUACAGCACAAUCUGACAGCCGAGCUGAACAACCGAUCAACCGCUGCUGCCGCUUCAGACCCCUCAUACGCCAAUUACUCGAUCUCCCUAGCGGUCACCGGAAUGGGCGAUACGCCGUUCGUGACGUACAGCUACGGUCCGGAGGGGACUGGCGUUACUACUGACAGCAUCUUUCGUAUCGGUAGCGUGAGCAAGGUUUUUGCUGUUUACGAGGCUCUGGUAAACGGCUUGGAUCUUGGUGAUCCGGUCGCAAAGUGGAUUCCAGAGUUUCGGAAGGAUGGGUUCGAUGAGAUCACGGUUCGAGGGUUGGCAGGCUAUAUCAGUGGGUUGACAAGAGACUAUCCCAUCAACGACAUCAGCGUGGUCGGCUCCGAAUUCGAAAUCGUUCAUCUCAUAAGGGAGGCUGUACCAAUACCAGAGAGCGACAAACCAUCCUGUUCCUUGCCCCGAGCAGCGCUGGAAUCUGGCGGACGUGCUUGCUCAGCGGAGGAUUACAUCAACAUCCUUUCAACUCGACCUCCUAUCUAUCCCAGCAACUCCUUUCCUGCCUACUCUAACGUGGCUUACGAUCUCCUCGGCCAUAUCAUCACGGUGAAAAAUGGAACGAGUUCUAGCGAUCUGGUCACUCGAGACAUUGCCGUUAGUCUCAACAUGUCACGUACCAGUCUCUUGAAGCCUUCGAACGACUCAUUAGGUAUCAUUCCUACCGAAACAGCCAAUAGUGCAUGGUAUGAAGACUUCGGCUGGGCUAGUUGGUCUGGUGGCAUGUACUCUACCGCUUCUGACCUGGCUCGUUUUGCGAGGGCUAUAUUGAAAGGUCUGGAUCCGAACACCGGAGACAGCGGUGAUGCCAUACGUCUACCUCCACAGGUGCUUCGAGAAUGGCUCCACCCGAUGACAUACACCUCUUCGAGCGCUGCCUUUCUUGGCCUCCCGUGGGAAGAUUUCCGACCUUCUGUCACAGGCCUGAACGGAGGAUUUCCGUUCACUGUGCACAACAAAGCCGGGGGCAUCACCGGCUACUCUGGCGAGUUGGCCAUCGUCCCGGAGUAUGGCUUCGGAUUGGCAGUGCUUGCAUCAGAAGGACCGGAGACUAUUGCUGGAGAUACGAGAAGCUUCCUUGUGGAGCGCGUCGCUCGCUUCCUCGAGGCGGCCCGGGUGAAAAACGCACGAGAAGCAUACGCCGGCCGAUACUCGUCUGGCUCGGUCAAUAGGACAAGCGUGAUUGAGCUCGAAGUGCCGGACAACGGAUUGGGUUUACGAGUCAGAGAAUGGAAGCUACCGGACCUAGAUAUUGCGGCAGCAAUCACGGCGAUCAAGCUAAGGGGUACGCCUCCGGACUUGCAGCCAAACACCACAUCUAUCCGCUUCUACCCUGCUCCGGCGGGGAUGGGGGAUACCUGGCGGUACUUCUUCAACGCCUCGCUGCCGGUUUCCUCGGAUCCGAUUGCAGGGGGCUUGUGUGAAGAAUAUACUGAUGCUGACCAGUAUUACUAUGGAAACCAGCCGUUGGAUAUGAUUCGGUUCAUUCGAGAUGAAGCUGAUCAGAAUGUGGUGGGAGUUGAGAUUCCGUGGCUGAGACUAGAGUUAACGAAAGAGUCGCCCUAG